GGUGUCAGUGACCCCCAGCACAGCCGUCACCUCAUCUCCUCUCUAUCUCCUGUAACCGACUUGUUUGCUUUUCUUCCUGCAGAUACCAGACAAGUGCAGACAUCUCCCUCCUGGUCCUAUGACCAGUCCUAUCAGUACCUUGGGUCCAUCGCCACCCCAUCCGUGCACCCAGCUACGCCCAUCUCACCAGGACGAGCCAGUGGCAUGUCUUCGCUCAGCGCAGAGAUCUCCAGCCGAUUAUCAGAAUGUGGCUGCCCGUGUUUUAAGCUUUCCUGUCCCUUAUCUGUGAAUUCUUUUUGUUUCCAAUCAGGAGCUUCAGACUUGACAGCGUUUAGCGACCCCCGAGUCGGAAUUGAUCGCCAGUUCUCCGCCCUGCCGUCCAUUUCAGACCCCCGCAUGCACUAUCCUGGAGCGUUCACGUACACCCCAUCUCCAGUAACUUCAGGAAUUGGUAUUGGCAUGUCAGCCAUGAACACUGCUACGAGGUACCAUACCUACUUACCACCGCCCUACCCAGGAUCUUCUCAGGCUCAAGGUGGACCUUUCCAGACCAGCUCUCCUUCGUACCACCUCUAUUACGGAACACCGGCUGGAUCAUACCAAUUCUCCAUGAUGUCAGGGGGAGACAGGUCACCUCCUCGCAUCCUCCCUCCUUGCACUAAUGCUUCCACGGGGGUCCGCUCUCCUAAACCCAAACCUCCCGAACCAAAACGACGUGGUAGAAACGGAAGGAAGCCACAGCAACUCGCCAACCAACAUGGGCACCACGGCACGUCUGGAGGAAGCAGUCUGGCGGCCAUAUUAAGGAAAAAUAAGGCAUCAACUAUGUGA